AACCAAAUUAAGUUUAUGUUAGUUUGAAAAAACAAAAUUCCUUGUAAUGAAAAUGCUUCUCUGUAAUAACCUCUCCCAUUUUUCUCUCCUUCUUCCAUUUUCCUUCAAAAUUUCCUCAACAGAACAAAAAAAUCUCCUUCUCUCUCUCUCUCUCUCUCUCUUCUUCUUCCCCAUUUAUAGGAUCUCAACUCCAUUCUCAUCCACACCCAUUAAUUUCUUCUCUCAAUCUCUCAAUUCCUUCAGAUUCCGCCGCCGUCAUCUUCGCCUUCCUCCGCCUCUCUUAUUCCUCCCCCUUCACCCCCUCCCUCCUCCGGGCCUGGAUUGCUGCUUCCCGGCAACUCCACUCCGCGGCCUCCGCCGCCCUCGUUUAUGAUCGCUUUCUCCAAUGGCUCCUCCUGCUUCAUUCGCUCUCUGUUAGCUCACGGAAACCUUCUUUGUGGGAGGAGGAAUUCGCGCCUUUGAUUUCAUUCAUUUUGAUUCUUUGUUCUUUGUGUUCUCUGUUUGAUUCCCUCUCCCACAGGGAACAAUUUGAAGAUUUUAUUCGAAUCGAUUUUGAUUUUGUUUUCUAGGGUUUUUUUUUUUUUUUUUUAAAUGGAGGAAUUAUGGAGAAGGAAGUAAGGGAUUUUUCUGGAAAUUAGAGAGGAGAUUUGAAAUCAACAUCGACGAUUGGAAAUACCUAGCAAUGUCGAAUACGAUUAUGCUUCGUCCGCCAUCGACCAACCGUCGGCAACCAUUGCUAACGAGCAAAUCUGUUUCUGGAAGUGUCCGGUUCGCGGAAGUAGCUGGUGGUACGACGGCGGAAUGUGCCGCCGUGUGUUGUUGUUGUCCUUGUGUUGUUUUAAACUUUCUCGUUCUCGCCAUUUACAAGGUUCCGGCUGGACUCUGUCGCCGUGCUUUGAGGACGAAGCGGCGGCAGAGGUUGAAGAAGAAGGGGGCUAUUCCAGCGAGGCGUACACGGUUCUCCGGUGGGGGAUAUGAUGAAACGGAUAUUCAGAUUCUUUCGAUCGGAAAAACGGUGUACUCGUCGGAACCGAAAGGGCAGAAAUCGGAGGAAACGGAGAGGAGAGUGAUGGAACUGGAAAAAGAGAUGUGGGAGAUUUUCUACAGUACUGGAUUUUGGAGAAGCCCUUCACAGAGAGAUCAAAUUUCUUCGAUCUCCAAAUGAAAAAGAAAGCCAUUUUCAUCUGUUUUCUCUUUCAACUUUCUCUGCAAAUUUUACCGGGAAAACAGAAGGGAAGGAAAGGAAAGGAAAAUUUCGCCAUCUCCUUCUUCUUCUCGGCUCCGUGGGUUUGAAUUUGAAUUGAUCAUUUGGAAAUGGUGGUGGUGGGGAUUUUAUUUUAUUUUAUUUUAUUUUACUUCAAAAUUUUAUUUAUUCAUUGAGCAUUAAAGUUCUUCGUGUUUUUUGUCAUUGUUCUGUAAUGGUGUUUGGCUUCCGGGAAAAUAUUGUACUCAUUUCACAUGAAAAAAAAGAAGCCAAGAUUUGGAUUUCUU